GCCCUUUAGCUAACUAUCUCUAUCUAUCGUGCCCUCAAUCAGAUGAACCCAUUUUUCUUCAUUGCUGUUCUUUUUCUUCUCCUCCAUACUCUUGCAUGUUAAAUUUGCUUUGAGCACCAAAUAGAGAAACGAUAUAUAGGUCCUAACCCUAACUCAUCCUUCAUGGAACCUAGCCAAGCCCCACCUUUUCAAGGCCUGAGCCAAGAAGAAUAUGCAGAGCUGAAGACCUUGAUAGACACAUACCACAAAUCUGAGCCGGCACCCAACACAUGCACUUCCCUAAUAACGCAACGCAUUGAUGCACCAGCUCAAGUUGUGUGGCCUUUCAUUCGCAGCUUUGAAAACCCACAAAAAUACAAGCACUUCAUCAAGAGUUGCAACAUGAGAGGCACUGGUGGUAUAGGCAGCAUAAGAGAGGUUACAGUAGUUUCUGGGCUACCGGCUUCUACGAGCACUGAAAGGCUAGAAAUUUUGGAUGAUGAGAAGCAUAUUUUAAGCUUUAGGGUGGUUGGGGGUGAGCACAGGCUAAAUAAUUAUCGGUCUGUCACAUCGGUUAAUGAGUUUAAUAAGGAAGGGAAGGUUUACACAAUUGUUUUGGAAUCUUAUAUAGUGGAUAUACCAGAGGGGAAUACUGGCGAGGAUACAAAGAUGUUUGUAGACACUGUUAUCAAGUUGAAUCUUCAAAAGCUGGCAGUUGUAGCAAUGGCUUCUCUGCAUGGACAUGAAUAAUUAUGAUGGAGACCAAUUUGCCAGUGGUGGUGGUGGCGGUGGCGGUGGCGGAGGCGGGAGCCGUGGUGAUGAUGGCUGCUGGCUGGCCUCUCAUUGAUAUGAUGAUAUCUGAUCUCAGUGGUUAGCAUGGGUUUUGCAAGCUGGGUUUUCUUUUCUUUUUCGUUUGUUCUUUUAUUGACUAGACAAUUAGUAUUGGUUUGUAUAUUUUAAUCUUAUAUUGGGUAAGUUCGGUUACAACGUUAUGGGCUGUAUAUUGUUUGCAACUGUCAGCAUUUUCUUCUGAAUAAGUUAAAGGAAGUUCAACAACAGACAUGAUGAUGAUGACGAAGAUGAUGAUGGAAUAUUGUUCAUCAAUUAUCAUUUUCUUUUCCUUUCAAGCAAUUGUGUAAUUUAAUUUA